CUUAAUGUUUUGUUUCCUUGUGCAGAUAUAGAGUACUUAAUGCCAGUGCUAUCCCAGAGGGACAAUUCAUGGACAACAAGAAGGCUUCAGAGAAGCUCCUUGGGUCCAUUGAUGUAGAUCACACCCAGUACAAAUUUGGUCACACCAAGGUGUUCUUCAAAGCUGGGUUGCUGGGACUCCUGGAGGAGAUGAGAGAUGACAAGUUGGCAGAAAUCAUCACUCGCACUCAAGCCAGGUGCAGGGGCUUCCUGAUGAGAGUGGAGUAUAGGAAAAUGGUGGAGAGGAGAGAGUCCAUCUUCUGCAUCCAGUACAAUGUUCGUGCAUUCAUGAAUGUCAAACACUGGCCAUGGAUGAAGCUGUUCUUCAAGAUCAAGCCCUGGCUGAAGAGUGCAGAGUCUGAGAAGGAGACGGCCAACAUGAAGGAAGAGUUUGAGAAAACCAAGGAGGAACUUGCAAAGUCUGAGGCAAAGCGCAAGGAGCUUGAGGAGAAAAUGGUGGCCUUGGUGCAGGAGAAAAAUGACCUGCAGCUCCAAGUGCAGGCUGAAGCAGAUAGCUUGGCUGAUGCUGAGGAAAGGUGUGACCAACUCAUCAAAAACAAAAUCCAGCUGGAAGCCAAAAUUAAGGAGCUGACUGAAAGGGCAGAGGAUGAAGAAGAAAUUAAUGCUGAACUGACAGCCAAGAAGAGGAAAUUGGAGGAUGAAUGUUCAGAGCUGAAGAAAGAUAUUGAUGACCUUGAGCUAACACUGGCCAAGGUGGAGAAGGAAAAACAUGCCACUGAAAACAAGGUGAAAAACCUGACUGAGGAGAUGGCAGCCCUGGAAUAG